AUGCCUAUUUUACAAAAUAUCAAGUCAUGCGUACGCCGGAAACAUGGAGUUACAAGGAGGCCCACGAAAGUCCACUUUAAUGUAAAAAUUGUUGACGCCUUCAAAUCUGCGAACGUUGCUUCUCAACUAAGGGACCUUCUUGUGUAUAUCGCUCGUGAGGGAGUUGCCGUUACCGACCUGUUCAGACGCCCAGGAAAUAUUCAGUCUAUCAAAAAGAUAGUGUCGGAUUUGGAGUCGGGACGACCGAUCAACUGGACGGAUUACAACUUUUAUACGCUUGCAAACAUAGCAAAACGUUUUCUACUUCAUAUUGAAGGGGGUAUACUUGGCGAAGAAGCUGAAGAGGCCUUAAUAGAAGCGUUGGACAUUCCCGAUAUUGACGCCCGCAAUGCUCAAAUGAAGUCCAUUAUCACUUCGCAGCCAAAAAUGGUUCAGCAGCUGCUAACUUUGCUUUUUGGAACGUGGUUUCGUAUGAUUUAUCACACCGAUGUUAAUGCAAUGUCUGUUGAAGCUGUAGCAAAGUCCGUAGCUGGGUCUAUUUUCCCUAGCUGUACACAUUCGCCUGAAAAGGUUGAAAAGGCAUCAAAAGUCAUGGAGGUUCUUAUUGUGGGCUUUGCCUCAACGGAACUCUUUGGACGCGAGUUAAUUGAAUACUUCACCCGCGAGACCAACACGAGCAUUUCACGGGUGGAAAAGUUCAAGUACGAGUUUCGAUUUCCAAAGAACAUCCCAAAGCCGCGCUCCACUCAGAUGUUUCGCCAAGUGCUGAUCGAGGAGAGCAAAAAGCACGGCUUCGACAUCCUAAAAGACGAAGUCACGAAGGAGGAGUUCGAGUGCGCUAACCAGCCGAUGGCCUUGGACUGGUCCGAACUUCAGGUCUGCCCCACCAGUGCGAACAAAGACUGUGGCGGUGGUGGUGGUGAUACCCUGGGCCGGACCACAGAUUCGGUGUUCAUUCCUUCUCGGACACAUAGUUUACGGGUUCCGUUGGCGACUCUGCAACCCACCACUCAGUCCACUCCUGUGCAGUGCCCAUUGCCACCCCCACCCCACCACCUCAUCGGCGAAAAUGGUGUCCAUCUUUUUAAUAAAGCAAUCUCGUCUUGUGAAGCAGAGAAUGGAAGGCUGGACUAUCUGGGCCACCACCAUGACCACAUCGACCAGGUCCAACAAUACUCCGAGAAGCGUACCUGCAUCACCGCCGCUCCCGCCGGCGCUACCGAUGUGCAUUUGCGCCGACGCGACAGCAGUGGAAUGGCGAAGAGUCUUCAGGGUGCUAGCCAAAGCAUAUCCGAUACCCUUGGACGCAAGUACGACUCUCUCUCCGAAAUGGAUGACCUCUCUCGUUUCAAUGGCGCCGGUGCGGCAGCGGCCUACGGCUCGUGUUUCAAUACCGUGAAGAAGCGGCAGCUGGAACGACUACAGAAGCGCUCUGAUUGGUUCCUCAGUCCUCCAGCGGGUCUUCGCAACUCCGGCAUGAUGCGUGUCGAUCUGCCUCCCGCUUCCGGCAACCCCCGGAAUCCCCCCAAGUUAUUGAAAGGCGAGAAUGGCGAAGAGGUGUGUCGUAAGUGCACAGCGUCUGACGACCACCCAAUCGUUCUAAGACGAAAACCGAGCAAUCGCCAGUCGCAGCAUCAGCAAUCUCAAGGGGGUGUCUGUUCCAUCUAUUGCAACACUCAUGUCCCCUCUGCGAGUCGCCAGUUCACUCUCCCCUCGCCCCAUGCUGAUGACGAGGUCAAAUGCGUAGCCGCUGCUGCUGGUGGUGUGUCCAACAUGGCCAACGGCAUUGCUGAUACCUCUGCUGUCACAGGCGCCACUUCUGCCAACCUCCCUUCCGACGAUGAGCUUCUAGAGACGCGAUAUUUUGUGGCUGUGAAGUACUACGGUCCAGAUCCUUCAUCUUCAAUAAGAAAUGCUCUCUUCUCGCCAUACGAGAGAGAGGACUUUGAACACACUGCUACCUACACACCUCUGCGGCCUUGA